CAUCUGCAACACCACCGCCACCACCCCACCCACCGCCAUGAUCGCCCCGCCCCUGCCCCUCCCCUCCCCGUCCGGCACCUCCGUCAAGAGCUCAAGACACGUACCCCUCCUCAGCCUCGCGCCCCCUGCCCUCGCUCUCGGCGACGAGCUCGCCGUCGGCUCACCGGGCGAGGACAACAAUGUCGGUGAACUAUGGAACGUCAUAACGCGUGCAGCCGAUCUCGUGAAAGACGGUGAGCGUCUAGAGAACCUUGCCUGGAGGCAUUGGGGUCAGCCACGCCGCACGCCUUCCUUCUCCCAUCAUGACCGUCGACUAUCCUCGUCGUCUCAGGGCAGUGCCUCGAGUGCAUCGAUACAGACCCCGCAAGAAAUAUCCUACUUUUCGCGACUUGGGCCUGGCCAUCCCCACCCGCGACACCAGCCACCGUGCCAACAGCGAAUGACAUUUGGCGCUGCGCUGCUACUACUUGUUGAAAAGGAUGAUGGAAACUUCAAAGACUGGGUAGAAGACGCCAAGCGAGGUAUACCCUGCAGUCCACCCCUUCCCACAUUCUCAGUACCGGAAACGCCCCAGCGGUCAUCUCCCGAGAACGGCGUUCAAAUCCACCUCGUUGAACCCACUCCCGUUCCCAGCCGCGCAGGCAGUCUUGGUGGCAACUCUAUCAUCCCGUCCAUGUCUGGCCGCGACGUCCCGCCUGCUCUCAAGGAGGACGUCGAAGAGGAAGAAGAAGCUGCCAAAACCUCAGCCCAUGAGAACGUUCACAGGGUCCGGAUAGCGCCCAUCGACACGGAACGUGCCAGAGGUGUUUCUCCGCGGAAGAAGGGCAAAUUCUUCUUCCAGUCGAGCCCUAGCAAGGGGAGUGGCUCAGACUCGCCCGCGACAUCGCCGCAUAACAGUAGCAAGCACCAAUCUCCGCCACCCUCGACCAUGGCGCCCCCUGCCUCUUUUACCAGAGGACACCCGAGACGCAAGAGCUCAGGAGACUCAUCUGCCAUCAUGGCUGCGGCCAAAAAGUCUCCAGCCACCAAGCGUCACGUGUCUCUUACCACCAUGAGAGGCAAGUUCCAAGCUGAGAAGCGCAAAGCGGCUGAGGCGAUUGCCCAGAAACACGAUGAGAAGGCGGGCAACGAAGAGAGUGGCUGGGAAGAUGAGGAGAGCGAUUGGGAGGACGAAGGUGAAGAAGCUGAAAAGCAGGCAGAGGAAGCUGGAGGCGAGGAAGAGCAGGCCGAGGAGGACGACGAUGGCGAUUGGAGUGAUGAAGAGGAAGGGGACGAAAAUAAGAAGGUGGCACAGGACGAUGCGCCAGAGGAACCUGAGGGGGAAGAUGAUGAGGAUUGGAGCGACGAGGAUGGCGACGGCGCCAAGUCUGAAAAAGACACUCCAGAACCUCAGCCUGCUCCUCAACUCAAAUCCCCAGUCCGGAAAGUCCUAUCACCCAUCAAAAAGUCUCCAUCGCCCCAGCGGCCCUCCGAAACCCAAUCCAAGACUAGAGAUCCCAACCGUCGUCGUUCAAACUCGCGUCCUCGGCCCGGGCUCGCGACCAUCACUCAGGCUCAAUCCGAAGCUGGCUCUGAUUCACUCAAACGCCGCACGACGUGGCACGGCGAUAGGUCCAACACUGCUCCCAAUCUGGUCAUGUCUCGCCAACCUCCCCCUGCUCCAGCCCCUGCGCCGGUGCCGAAAUUGAGCAAGAAGGAAAGACAGGCGGCAGCGGCGGAAAGGGCCAAGGUUGAAGCGAGACUGGAUGCGCAGAGAAAGAGGGAGAUGUUUGCAAAGCAAAAUGUGCUAGGUGGUACGGGAACGAGGCCACCAAGUGGGCUUUUAGCUUCUGCUCUGCAAAGAGGUGCUAGUAUGGUAAACCUGCCGACCGUCUCGGAAGACCGCGCUCCGAUCAAGUCCUCUCCGACUCACGCACAAUUGACCUCAUUAGCCCAUUCACCCCAUCCUGGUCCAUCAUUACUACGAAGCAAGUCUACUGCGGCUAUGCCUGUACAAUCUGGUGUCAGUGUCACUGUCACUGGAGGACACAUCUCGCAAGCUGCUGGCAAGAAUGCGGCUACGGGGAGCAGUCCCGAGAGCCACAAGUCAAAGAAGACGAAGCCUGUAGUGGAGCUCGAGUCUGACUCGGAGGACGGCGAUGACGACUAUCUCAACACUUCUCACAUUCACCAAAAGCUUGCCGAGCUGGAUAGCAAACAAGAAGCAAAGUCCAAGGCCAAGGCUGAGGCGGGUAGCUCGGCGACUACUGCCUCCGUCCACGAUGCUGCGCCAGCCCAGCCGGCAUCGGCGGCAGCCUCUCGAGCCCUUCCUGUUUCGGCGAGGGCGAAUGAGUUUGGAGUCGUUCAACCUAUGAUGACGCCAACCACCAGAAGGAGAAACAUCAUCAUGGCCGAAAUGUCCGAGUCUUUGCGACGAAAUGUCGUGCUCGAGCGCGAAAAGUCGUCGACCGGCCUUUCCAGGAUCCUCUCUGGAGGCUCAUCUCGCACUCGUCCGCCACCAUCGAUGGUCCCCUCUCACCGCUCUGCUGUCAACCUCACCCAAUACGCCCAGCCCGAGCCCCUGGUGCAGCAUCACCAGCCUCAAUCGGCUCGCAAUGCUAAUCCUCCCUAUCCAUACGGCCACCAAGAUCAAGACCCUCAUGCUAGCUCUGUCCCCCAUCAACAGCAUUCUGCGAUAGAACAGCGCAAACGGCCGGCACCGAACGUCCUGGCCGGUGGGAAUCUGCUUCGUCCGUUGACGAGAGUGGGACCGAUGGCAGCGCGGGAGGAGGCGGCGAAUAUGGGGAGUAUAGGAAGAACACAGAGUAGCGGGACGCUGGGCAAUGGUGGUCGAGGCGAAAGCGAAACUGCUGUGCCUCAACCCCAGGCGCCGGCGAUGGUUCGCUCAGCGACGACGGACGGUGACGGCGGGCAGAGUCAGAGGGAGAGGAGAGAAUGGAAGAGGAUCAACUUGAUGGAUACCAGCUAUAGGAUUCAUGGUUGGUGAGGAGGGGAUUGGGAGAGGAGACGAGACCUAGCAUUCCCACAUUGUCAUUACUCUGGGCACUUUUUUUUUUCAAUCACGCAUUUGACUGAUACAGUCUAUUAUAGUUGUAACUUUUCCUCUCGUGGGUAUCUCUUUGUGGAAGCGAGGGGAUUCAUUUCUCUGGGGGUGGUCCUGGCAUCCUACUGUUCUAUGGUUGAUCGGGUUUCGUACUAUCGUUUCGAUCGGAUCUCAGGACCUUUUGUUGUUAUUUUAAGCGAUCAUGCAUGGCUCUUCUACAUUUCAAUA